UCUAUAGCCGUCAGCUCAUUUAUAAUACUAAACUAUGUCGCGAGGCAGGGAUCCUUUGGCAUUGAGCCAGGUAAUUGGUGAUGUGUUGGAUCCUUUUGUAAAGUCAGCAACAAUGAGGAUUAAUUAUGGUGACAAGGAGAUCACAAAUGGCACUGGACUACGAGCAUCAGCAGUGCUCAAUGCACCACAUGUUGAGAUUGAAGGCCAUGACCAAACAAAGCUCUACACACUUGUUAUGGUGGAUCCUGAUGCACCAAGUCCAAGCAAACCAGAGUACAGGGAAUAUCUGCAAUGGUUGGUGACAGAUAUACCAGAGGCAAGAGACGUACGUUUUGGCAAUGAAAUAGUUCCCUAUGAAAGCCCAAGGCCACCUGCUGGGAUUCACCGAAUUGUUUUUGUGCUAUUCAAACAGCAAGCACGACAGACAGUUUAUGCACCAGGAUGGCGGCAAAAUUUCAACAUUAGAGACUUCUCAGCAAUUUACAAUCUCGGAGCACCAGUUGCUGCAUUAUACUUCAACUGCCAAAAGGAGAGUGGUGUUGGUGGCAGAAGGUUCCUGGGAUCAAGCUGAAGUACAGAUACAGAGAAACAUCAACAAGGCAGCACUAUUCACAAUUCAGAAACUAAUAUCCACAUAAAACAGUUCAAAACAUUUGAGAUGUCAGUUUACAAUUAAGCACUAGACUUAUAUCAUAUGAAACAAACUAGCAUUUGAAGGUCAUCUUCUGAUGUCACCCGCUUCAAUAAAAGAUACUAUGUUCAUAUUAGCACUUA